AUCUUCUUUAUAAUGAUAUCUUUUGAAUGAAUUUCAGUUGAAGUUGAUAUCUCGAUCCGUUCUUUAGAUAUCGAAAACGAAAAAAAUGCUGACAUAUCUACAAUGUACAUACAUACGUAUAUAUGUACGUGCAAGUGGAAGUUUGGUAACAUUUCGUGCGACCAGAGUGAAAGUUUGGUGACUAUUACCAAACUUCCCUACAACGAUUAUGGAAGUUUCGUGACGGUCACCGAACAUCCAAAAUAAUUUUAAAAACAAAAAAAAAAAAAAACAAGUAACAGGAAAACACGACAAAUGUCGAAUAUACAGUUAAACACCAUAUAAUAAUCUAAGUUCUGUUUUUCAAGAAUCUAGGGGAAGCAGAAUAACAGAGUAAAUAUCGAAAUUUAUUGCAAAAAAUAGGUCUUUCACAAAACCUCGGUGACUGUCACCGAUCUUUCAAAAUGACUUCGAAUUCAUUGAAUUUUUAUAAAUCUAACAUCUAGAAAAAUUAGAAUGAACCAGUUAUAUAACUUAGGAUUCAAAAAUUGAAUUUAAACACACUCAAUCCUGAAUCAUGAGUUCCUAAGGAUUAAUAGUAUCGAUAACAGAUAUUUAACAUCAUAAAUAGUAGGGAUAGAGCUGAUUGCUGACUAUCGCCAACUAUUCACAAAAUUUAAAAAAAAAUUACUAAAUAUUAAUUCGGAGUCGAUUUAAAAAAAAUUACAGUAUUUAUCUGUCUAUUCAAAAUAAUUAUCAGAAAAUUUUUGAGUUUUUAAAGAAACCAUCAAUAGAGUACUCAUUAUGCAUUCUUGCAACAUAACUUUUUCUAAGAAGGAAAGCAUCAUUAAAAAUUAUUUAUAAUCGAGAAAAGCUGAAACAUGCCAAUAUACUAUUUUACUUUAAUUUUAUUACGUUAAGGUUACAUGAUUUUCGGGCGAUCAUUAGCAGAAUGUUUACAUCAACAUGUUUUAUAUGUAACGCACUACUUUCGGUAGCUGAUAUCGGUUCACUUGAUCAGUUUUGCAAAAAAUUUUUGAAGAAUACUUAUAAGCUGUCGAUCAAAAACUUUGAAAUCGUUGAUAUAACAUGUCAAUUAUCUGUGCAAAAUUACAAACUGUAAAACAAAAUAUCAAUAAUAUUAUAAUUCACUUUUUACUUUUAUAUUAUAUAUUAGCAAAUCCCCGCGACUUCGACUGUGAAUAGACCAAUUACAGAAAGCUAUUGCUGUGUGAUAGGAUUCAUAAAAAAGUAAUAUAUUCGCAAAUAAUAUAUUCAUACAAAAAAGUAAUAUUAUGGUCACUGGAGCAGUUUAAGCUCGCUCUCCUCGAAUACAACGAGCAAGUUGAAUGUCUUUGGGCAUGAUGGUCACCUGUUUUGCGUGAAUGGCGCACAAGUUGGUAUCUUCAAAAAGACCAACGAGGUAUGCCUCGCUGACUUUUUAAAGAGCUAUCACAGCUGAGCUCUGGAAUCUCAAGUGUUUUGAAGUCCUGAGUGAUGUCGCGACCAAGCCGUUGGAAUGGCAAUUUACAGAUGAGUAACUCAGUACUUUUCUGAUAACGACGAAUUUCUUGAAAUGCAACAGUUCCAGGCCAGUAGCGAUGUAGUUUCUUAAUUCUUCCAGUUGCAGGAGCACACAGGGAAUGAGAUUGUUUCAGUAAAUCACUUAUGCGUUGGAAGAGCUCAAAUACAUCGAAUGGAUUCCGUUUUUCAUUGUUUACAACAAGUUUAACUAUUAUAAACAAUUCACAUAACAAAAAGUAGUCUAUAAUAUUUCCAACAACCCCCUUCAAACGGUUGCAAAAUUUGGUUGCAAUCGAAUUAGCCGUUUUGGAGAUUACCCCGAACAAAGAGACUAACACCAGAAAUUUAUACAGUAGUAUAGAUAUAGAUUACUUCUUUGGAGUAAUAGUAUGUUACGAAACUUUCUUUUUAUUAUGAUGCUUUUCUUUAGGCUUUUAGGAAAUUUUCAUCGAUUGGCAUAGUUUUUAUUUUUGAUAUCCUACGCAGACAUUGUUGCAGGUAAAAGCUAGUUCAUCAUAAACAGUAGGGUUAACAACCAAUUAGGUCACCAUUAAUUCAGUAAACAAUUUGCACUGGAAAACGAACAACUUACAUGUAUGAGUAAAGUAAUUUAUUUUCAUUACGAAUUUAAUCGAGAAAUCAAUGAAAGUAUCACAUUAAAUAAUUGAUGUCAGUCACCGAACUUCCAGAAUAGUUACAAAGUUUGUUCAACGAAUUUAUUUGAAAUUGUUGAUGAAAAAUAAGAGAAUAAAAAAGAGCAGUCGAUAAUUGUUAACAAAUUAUAAAUAAGAUCUUAAAAAUUGACUUUACAUCGUCGAUAUAUUGAAUGAGAACAAAUUUUGAAACCCUAUCCUUACGCCUCCUCCAAUCCUCAAACCUAAAUUUAUUCCUUCCUAAUUUUGGGUCCACCCCUACUCCCAACUUGAGACAACAUCCUUGCGGCAGACACCCAGCUUCCUACACUCGGAUCAGUUACCCACUCUCAAAAAGAUAGUCUUUGGCUAACAUUCAUAACCAGCAGAACAAUUUCAACCUCUUUUCGUAUGUUUUCUAUAUAAAUAUCAAUAAAGGAUUUUCUUACGAAACAAUUGUCUCGUCAUUGAGGUACACAACACAAUUGGCGACAAGGAUUCGGGACGUCAACGCAUUAAAGUACAGUGUUUGCAAAGAAUUAGAGACUCUUUAAUGUGCAAAAAAAGUGUCAAUUUUUAUUGUUUAUCGAUAACGACCCACUAAGACGCACGACGACCUGAAUGAAAAUUGGAAUUCCACAUCAAUCAGUGAGUGCAGUAACCCUAAGAUAGCCAGUUGAGCUGUGAUCCAGAAUUGGCUGACUUCUAAAACUAGCAAUUUCAGCACUAAUAACAUCGUAGCAGAUCGAUUUGUAAAAUCUGUUCAAGAGAUAUUAUCGAUAAAAAUAUAUUUCACAUCCAAUUGGAAUGUCGCUAGCUGCAGAUAUUUCUACUGCACUGCAUCUAUUGGUCCAUAUUCAUAACAGAGUCAAGGACAACGAUAAAUUGGAAUUUCAUUUGCACACGAGUGAUGAUGUCAGUUUAUUGAUUUCAUUGCUGGAAGAACCACUUUUUAGGAGCAUAGUGGUAAUUCAAGAUUCAUUAAUUGAUUUAAAUACUCAAUUGAUUCAACACCCAUCGAUCUUACCUGGUGAUUUUGAUAUAAAUUUAAUUGGACAAUUAGAAUUAUCGAUACCAACUCCACCAAUAAAAUCGUCAGAGAUCAAUGCAUAUCAGGAUUUAUAUAAUGACAAUAGUGAAUUAGAUGAUCAACGAGUUCCUGUAGCAUCAGUCAUCCAUACAAGUAGUGAAGAUAAUAGUACACAGUUGAAUACAUCCGGAUUGCUUUCUGAGGGAUUGAAUGUUCUACCAAUUACAACACCAACAUAUGUCAAAGAAUUUCAGAAAGUGAUUGAAACAGCAGCUAACGGACGUGAAAUACUAACUGUACAGCUUUGCAAGCCGGAAGGGAACAAUCUUGGCUUCAGCGUAGUUGGACUGAGAAGUAAAGAAAAAGGUGAUUUGGGUAUUUUUCUGCAAGAAAUUCAACCCAACAGCAUAGCAGGACGGGAUGGUCGUUUAGUAGAGGGAGAUCAGAUACUAGCUAUUGAUGGACAACCAUUAGAUUCAAAUAUAUCUCAUGAACAAGCAAUAUCUAUUCUUCAACAAGCACGUGGAGUUGUUGAAAUUGUUAUUGCACGGAAUAAUCAAGAUUACACUGGUCAAUCUGACGAUACAUCUGAAGCUUCAACAAUUUUAGCUUCUGAUCCAUGCAUUCUUCUGGAAUCUAAUGAAACUAAAACGGCCCUAGAGCUUGAAUCUACUGUAAGAUCAUAUUUGCAUGAUUUAUCAACAACAAAGGAUACACAUUCAACUCCUCAUUAUUCCCUGCUUCCAUUAUCUGAGGCUUCAGGAGUUGAGCGAUCACCUUCCGCAUUAAGUGAAACUUCAAGAAGUAGUGUUGACAUGGUGGAUAAUCGAUUACAGAGUGGUGAUCAUAUACUUCAAAUUGGUGAUGUAAACUUACGUGGAAUGGGGAGUGAACAAGUCGCAGCAGUAUUAAGGCAAUCAGGAACGCAUGUGAGAUUAGUAGUCGCUCGACCAGUGGAGCCAAUGUCACCAGAUUAUCAGAUGAUAGAAAAUUAUACAUUGAUAGUACCAACAAAAAUACUUAGUGAUUCUGAAGAACUUGAUCGCUAUUUAAUACAGAAGCUUCCUGGCAACUGUAAUUUGACAAGUAAUGAAAAUGUAUCGAACAACGAUACAAAUACUAUGGAACAUGAUUCAGAUCCAUACAUGAAAACAGGAUUCAUAAUUGACAUCGUUCAAAAUCCAGCUUCAUCCGGACUAACAUCUGCUAUUACUACUUCAGAAUUUACGUCUCGAUUCAAUUCUUCAACUUACUUGCCGGAUUCGGCCGAUACAAAUUUAUGUCCAGAAAUGGAACGGUUUACUGUUGAACUAAAGAAAGAUAUUUACGGUCUCGGUAUAACGAUUGCUGGUUAUGUUUGUGAACAAGAAGAAUUGUCUGGAAUUUUUAUAAAAAGUAUAAGUAAAGGGAGCGCCGCAGAUCUAAGCAAUAAAGUACAAGUCAAUGAUCGGAUUAUUGAAGUUAAUAAUCAUCCUUUAAAAGGUUAUUCCAACCAUGAAGCAGUUGAAGUUUUGAAAAAUACUGGACAAAUAGUAACAUUAUGCAUGGAGCGAUACUUGAGAGGACCCAAAUAUGAACAAUUGCAGCAAGCGAUUGCAGCAAGUGAACUAAAAAAACCUCAACCUGCAUCUCCGUCGAUUAUGAGUCUACCGAGUUUUCCAAUCAGCACGGAUGGAGAUACUAUUUUAGGAACUGAUUAUGGAGAAGAAGAUGAAACAUGUACUUUUGACAAGAGUACAAUUCUUGACAACGAUAAAAAUCGUUUAUUAUUAGAGAAUAGUCCAAAUCAUUUCGUAAUAGAAGAUGUCUCUUGUGAUCCAAUGAUUAAUCUUAACCCUACAACAAAGACUACUAUCGAAAAAAAAUGGAAGGAUAUUUUAGAUGAUGACACUGAGAUAAUUAUCGCACAGUUGAAAAAAUUCUCUGAAGACGGUGGUUUAGGUAUCAGCUUAGAAGGAACCGUUGAUGUUGAAAAUGGUCAAGAAGUACGACCGCAUCAUUAUAUUCGUUCAAUACUUCCAGAAGGUCCCGUUGGAAAAGAUGGAACGUUACGUUCUGGUGACGAACUAUUAGAGGUCAACGGAAUGAAGUUACUUGGUAUAAAUCAUAAGGAUGUCGUUGCAAUCUUAAAAGAUCUUCCGAUGAACGUCAGAAUCGUUUGUGGAAGAAACAGCACAUCUCAAAUUAUUCUGUGUCCCAUCAACACAGCACAACAUCCAGCAGCGUUCCAAACAAGAAACAUUUCACACGACCUAUCUGUACAGUCGAUGAAUGUCAUGGAUAAAUUAGUGAAAGCUAAAUCAGAUGAGUCAUUAGCAUCUACCAACAUGUCAGAUAGCAUGAAUGAUGUUACAAUGAAAGCGAAAUCGCGAUCUCUUGAGCCCCUCACAAACUUCGCGAUGUGGAGUACGGAAUAUCAGGAAAUCAAAUUGAAGAAAGGAGAGAGAGGACUAGGAUUUUCUAUUCUGGAUUAUCAGGAUCCUGUUAAUCCGAAGAAGACAGUCAUCGUCAUUCGAUCUCUUGUUCCUGGUGGAGUAGCCCAAAUUGACGGUCAAAUUAUUCCAGGUGAUCGUCUUAUUUCUGUCAAUGACGUAAUCUUAGAAAAUUCAACAUUAGAUCAAGCUGUGCAAGUACUUAAGAAUGCUGCAAAAGGAACAGUUAAAAUAGGUGUUGCGAAGCCGUUAUCAAUUCCAGAUAAUAUAAUCAAUAAUCACAGAAUCAAUAUUAAGAAACAAGCAAACGAUAGUUACUCUUAUUUAAAGCACAACAAUUAUCAUUAUAGAAAUUUUGUUUAUGAUUAAUUUCACUAUUAUAUCGUCUGUAAGUCAUGCUUAUUUACACACUCAAUUAAUUAAAGAGAUAAAUAAUAUAAGAGACUAGUUUCAUAAUUAAAAUGUCAACCGGCCAUCAAUAGCUGUUCAAGAAUUUGAUUUGUACAAACAGGUUUAAUGACAUAAGUUCUUAUAAUUUUUAUAAUUAUUUAAUUAGAAUAGUCAAUACUCUUCGUGCAUUAAUUGCAAUUAGUCUUUAGAAUUAGAGUGAAUUUUUGCGUUAUUAUUUAAAGCCAUCAAUAUAACCAAUAUCUCAAUUAGAUGUUUUUUUUCCAAUUGAAUUGUAUGUACCACUUAUUAACGUUUUUUCGAAUAGAAUACAUCUGAAACCUUCGACUCUGUGAUCAUUCAUUGAGGAUCAACUUGUGCUUGCAAAGCCUCAACACCAGUAAAGCAUAUCACCAUAAUUUAGAUGUAUAAUAUACGCAGUGAUUCUGAAAUUUCAGUUGAAAUUUAUAUCCAUACAAUUAAAUAAAUAUUCGUAUUGUUUUUCACUAAACUCGAUAUCAAUAACAUUGCCAUUGGAUCAUAUUACAAUGCACUAUAAUCAACGGCAUAAGUCCUUCGAAAUUUUCAAUACUUUUUUCGUAAAAAUCGUGAAAUAAAUGGAACUACAAACUACACCUUUAAAUUGAAGAUGGAAUACAAUUAUAAAAAAAUUGAAAUCAUAUUUGGCUUAUAUAUUCUUACAUCCUGAAUAAAAUUGUUGUUAUUUAAAAAGCGAUAUCAGAAAAUAUCUCGAUGAUCUGCCAAAAACGUUGAUCUUCGUGUACAAAAUGUCUGCGAGAUGAAAGAUAAGUGUAGUGAGAAAAAUGAACCGUAAUAAUGAUGAUGUAAGCCUGGAAUAUAUACACUAUAUUGCUGUCCAAAAUGACUCAUAGUACAAGUUUUUAGGCUGUAUGUAAGUAACAGUUUUCUGUGACCACUUAGUACCCAAUAAAAAUAACAACUCAAGAAAUUCCUAAAUAAGUACUCGCUUUAACUAGUUGAACUUUAAAAGAUAUACCAAACCCGUGUGUAAGUUGUGACUCAGAUGAAUAUUUCCCAAAAUAAUGUCAGACCUUGCUAUCAGGUUGUUCUCGAUCUGUAAAUUACAUCAUUCUUAUCUUACCGCUAAACUAAAUGCAUCAAUUCCAUCAAGUUUAGGGAUAUUUUUCUUAUUACUCAUAUAUUUCCAAAGAUCAUUCUUGAUAAGCAGUACCGCCACAUGAAUUUUCUAAACUUGUUGCGAGAGGUUAAUCGCAACCUGUCAGCUGGUCUCGCUCUCAUCCCAGCUCGUGCUUAGUCGAGCUCACCCGAUCCGCUCGCCCUAUUCUAGCUCUCCUUUUAGCGCUCAACUAAUUACAGCUCGUCUUCUCCAACCUAGCCAAUGAUAGUUGUCCUAUUAUUGUGCUAGGUCUACCGACGCCGGCUACAACGUGUUUGCAGUCAUUAACGCUCACGCGACGCUCGAGUACACGUGCUCUGUUAUCGCUCUUUCGAUUUUCUUAUAAAAUAAUUGUACGAAGCUCUAUUCAAGUUCUAAAAAGUUCCUAAAAGCUCUGCUAGGCUCUACUAGUGUUCAUAAUUUCUUGUUAAAGUUAUUAAUCAUUUAUUUUUUAUAAUAAAACGAUCAUAAAACUCAA